CCUAGAUAUUGCUUCAGACAACGUCUCAGUCGAGUUAGAGAAAGCACCGGAGCACGGUAGAAAAAGCCAGGGAUGAAGCUUGCCUGGACUUCAGAGGGCUACCUGCUGACCUUCUGAUCUUCACCUGCAAUUGUCUCUCUUUCUCCUGGACCCUACCUACCUGGAGGAAAUGAGCUGAUGAAAUUUGUUUGUUUGUCUCGUCCUGAAAACAGCGAGGAUCUUCAAGGAAGACCAGACAUCGACAGCUGAAGUUCUUAUUAAGUGAAUUGCACAGUCAUGAUUUGUGGUGGAAACCAAAUCAAAGGCGGUGAAGAAGAAGGAGGAGGAGGAGAAGAAGAAGAAGGACUACCCUUUAGCAUCGCUUAUUGUUGGGAUAAAGGAAAGGAGGACACGGAUUUCUGGAGAAACGACAUUCCAAAUGGACAGGUUCUUGUGGUGCUGACAGCUCACAAGCCCCGUGGGUCAACUCCCAUCGUCAUGAAUUCUUGGGAAGAGAAACUGAAAACUUCGGGAAUAGAGGUGACAGAAGACCAGUGGGAAACUUUGAUACAACGAGCUGUGCUGGAGCCAGAAAUGAGAACGUACCUAUCAUACAACUCCAGAGGAAUAAGGAUGGCCAUUGCUGCAAUUGUCUACGUGACUCUUUGGAUCAACCUUUAUUCCGUCCUGCAAAUUUUUUCGGUUGGACGGUCUUGGAAAGUCAGUGUUUUGGUUACCCUUAUUGCCUUGGUGGCUGCUGUGGCCAUCCUAGUCAUAAUUCAUCGCUAUCAAAGAAAGAUGAACGUCAAUACAGAUAUGAGGCUAAUGGCUGCCAAUGAAGCCUUCAUGAAACUUGGAUUCAUAGUAGGGAUGACAAAUAUUCCGGACAAAAACUGUGCUGUCCCACAGUUGUGGUUUGUUCAUUUCGAUGUUGCCCCCUGCCUUCGGUCUUUGACGGACUCUCUGGCCACACUGGAGACAAACCAGGAGUCGGCUCUGAAGCGCAGUCUGGAAGACGUGGGCCUUGUCGUCGAGAUAGCUAUCCUGCCAACUUGGGAAAACCAACUGAACGAUUCUCUGGAAGAAACUUCACUGUUGCCAGAGACAAAGAAGAGGGGCGGCAAGAAUUUCAUGGCCCGCCGAGAAUUCCUCCCUCUCGUCCCGGAUGGAACACCAGAGUACUGAUGAUACUACCUAGUUGGAUAAUGAAAUGUCUGCAAGAAAACAACCAAGUUCAUAGAGCACCAAGGACCCCAUAGUCCUCCUCUUUGUCUUCCUCCUCCUCCUCCUAGCACUGAUGAUGCUACCUAGUUGGGUAAUGAAACGAGUGCAAGAAAACAACCAGGUUCAGAGAGCACCAAAGAAUCCUCAUUUCAACCCUGAGCUACGAAUAUUCUCCUUUAUCGGUACCUCCGUUAUUCUUGCAAUUAUACUUCAGAAGAUGCUCCAGGAAGUUGGCAUUUUAGCUUUGCUUUUCUAAGGCUGACUCUUGAGUCUUCUCAAGCAUUUGUGUGAAUUCUGCACCCAGCAAACUUGAAUUCCUCCUUUUCUACACUCGGGUCUGAAAACCGCAACAAUCCAUAGACAAAACAUCUGCAAAGCAUCUUUUCUCUGACAGCUUCCCUUCAAGGGAAAUUGUGUCUUCAAGACUGGCUGGCCGGGGCUGACUAUGACUCUGUUCCAUUGUUUAUUAUUCAAUUCCAGUCAUGAGAUGCAAAACCUAAAAUAGCAUCGGCUCGCCUCAGUGGAGGAGGCUCGAAAUAGUGUUUCGUAAUUAUUGAAGUGAGUUUAUUCUCCUGAGCAAUAUCACUUCCCCUUAUGGAAUUGAUUCCUACUGAAAGAAUUCAGUUUUUCUGCUAAAAAUAUAUUGCAUCAUGGCUAAGUCGUAAUUAGGGAAUGAAUGAAUGAAUGAAUGAAUGAAUGAAUGAAUGAAUGAAUGAAUGAAUGAAUGAAAAAAAUGAUCUACUGUAUUUUUCGGAGUAUAAGACCUUACCGCCCCCCAAAAAGAGGGUAAAAAUCUGGGUGCGUCUUAUACUCUAAAUGUAACUCCCCCCCCUGCUUCUCAAAUAGAGGUUUCAGAGACUGAAAAAAGCAUCAGAAACGAAGGUUCAGAAAAGAAGCCCCCAGACAGAGCUUCAGAAAAGAAGCCCCCAAACAGAACUUCAGAAAAAAAGCCUCCAAACAGAGCUUCAGAGGCUUUUUUUCUGAAGCUGUUUUGGAGGCUUUCAGAGGCAGAAAAAAAAAGCAAAAAAAAAAAAAAAAGCAAGGCACAGAGCUCACAACCAAGGAACCUGUUGCUAAAAUUCACCUCUGGGAAUAGGUGAUUGGGAGUAGUCUGGGAGGAGGCCGAUCCACCUGCCAAUCAGCUUUUUUCUUAUUUUCCUCCCCAAAAACUAAGGUGCAUCUUAUACUCCGAAAAAUACGGUAUGUUUCCUACAUACAUAUACACACCACAGGUGAUAUUCAGCUGGUUCGGACCGGUUCAGGCGAACCGGUAUCCUUGGGGUGGGCCUGCCCACCCACCCUGGCUCUAUGCUGUCCUAUUUUGGCUUGUUUUUGAGGCCGGGUGUAAGCACGGAAGGCACAUGAAUCGGUAACACCGAAAUGUAAAACCCACUGCUGACACACACAUACACAAAUAUACACGCACUUUUGGCUUAUUUAUUCAUUAAUAAUAUACUCAUCUAUUUCACUGGUGAUUCUGGGUGUGGCGAAGGACAAUCGAUUAAGAAAAAUAAACGAGAGGGGAGAAGUUCAAAAGCCAUGUUAGAAAGUGUUACCGUAUUUUUUGGAGUAUAAGACGCACCUUCCCCCCCGCCCCGAAAAAAGGGUUUUAAAAUUUGGGUGUGUCUUAUACACUGAAUGUAGCCCCACCCUCACUGCUUCCCCCCACCCUUUGGCCUCUGUCUCCCAGCAAUUAACCUCCUUGCAGCAAGCAGCAAGAAGAAACAGUCCGUUUCAGCUUCAGCAUAGCCUGAUUAGCACAAGUUGAUUGUCAGCUGGAUCUGUCUCCUGACUUUCUGCUGUUUCAGGCUGCAGGGAUUGCCAUGGCCUAUUGCUGCGCAGGCCUCUGCUGCUUGCUGCAAGGAGGUAAAUUGCUGGGAGCAGAUUUUUUUUUCCCCUUGUGCUAAUCAAGCUAUGCUGAAAACGAAAAUGAAAGUAAAGCAGAUUGUUUGCUGCAACGAGGCCAAAUUUGCUGGGAGGCAAGAGGCAGAUUUCUUUUACUUGUUUUCCUCACCCCAAAAAGGUAGGUGCGUCUUAUAGUCCGGAGCAUCUUAUACUCCGAAAAAUACGGUACUUCACAGAAAGAGGAGUGGAAACUUGGAGCCGGCUUCCAGUGUCAAAUCUGAUCUAAUCCUCAAAUUAUCUAUUUAUUCCGCCUUGCUGCAACGCCUUGGCUUGAUUUUUAAAAAAAAUUUAAUUUGAUUUUAUGGGUUUAAAAUUUCUGCCAAUUUUAUAGGGCAUUAUUGUAUUUUAGAUUUGGCCAUUUGAAUAAGUUUUUUAAGGGUUGCUUUUAGUAUUGUAUGUAUUGUUUCUUUU